AGGAAGUCCAGCAGCUAGUGCAUAUAAUCCCCCAGCAUGCACCAAGCGCCUGCGAUUCUGCAGCCAGCUUGUUGUUGCCAUGAGGACAGCGGAGCCACAGGGGAACCGAGCACCAACAUCCUCAGGAGUCUCCGAAUGGAGAAGGGAGGGGGGGGGGUACAUUUUCUUUCUUGUUUUUUGAUUUAAUCUGUUCAUUUUACUUCCAUUGGUUCAUGGGAAAUCCUGGAAUGUCUUUUUGUUUUUGUUAAAACAUCAAUAAACGUCAAGAAAAAACAGGUUUGCAUGAAGAAGACAUCCAUAUGACAAGUUCUGCUUUCUGAGAGGGUUUCAUCAUUCUUCGUUUGUCUUCUGUCAGCGCUCCUUCCCUCACGCAUGCCAUCAGAUGUUCAGCGUGACUCCCGCCCAGUUCUGGAUACGCUGGAGAGUUCUGUCUUUGUUGAUUGCGGCAGUGACUUCAUCUUCUGAGACCAGCAGGGCGUGUCCACCGUCCUGCCGCUGCAACUCUUCUGCGCUGGUGAUAGACUGCUGGGGCAGCCAGCUCACCUCCGUGCCUGACGGCCUCCCGCAGGAAGCCAAGCUCCUCAACUUGAGCAAGAACGCAAUCAAGACUCUGGUGCACCAGCAGUUCCACAUGCUAACUCCUUUGCUGCACUUGGAUUUAAGCAACAACCUGCUGGUACUGAUUGAAGCUGACGCCUUUCUGGGCCUGCAGAACCUCCUGACUCUCAACAUCUCACACAAUCACCUGAAGAUCAUUCCAGUUGGAGCUUUUGUUGGUUUGAGCAGCUUAAAGCUGCUUGACAUAAGUAGUAAUCAGCUUCUUGUGUUCCUGGACUUUACUUUUAGGGACUUAACAUCCCUCCAGUUCUGCAAAGCGUCAGACAAUAGCUUCGUUUUUAUCUCUCAUCAAGCCUUUUACGGACUCUCCAGUUUACGAGAGCUGGACCUUGAUGGCUUUAAUCUCACUGUGGUGCCAACUGAAGCUCUAAAUCAGCUCGGUCGGUUGAGAAGCCUCAGUUUUCGGCGACUGGGAACGACCACUCUGCCAAACCACUCUUUCAGUUCCCUAGUACAACUGAAAGACCUCGUCGUUUCUCAGUGCCCCAGAUUGGAGCGCUUGUCUGCAAAUAGUCUGUUCGGACUCAAUCUCACGUCCCUGAGCAUCACGCACUGUAACCUUGGUGGUGUCCCCUACGUCCCUUUGCAUCACCUUGUGUAUCUUGUGCAUCUUGACCUUUCUUUUAACCCAAUCACCUACAUCCACGGGAACCUGCUAAAAGAUUUACUCCGCCUCGAGGAGUUCCAUCUAGUGGGCGGAUCAUUGAUCCAGGUCGAAGUUGGAGCUUUUGAGGGUUUGCUGCAUUUAAAUCUGCUGAACGUGUCAAGAAACCAUCUCACCACCCUCGAGGCGGGGGCGUUCCAGUCGGCGGACGGCUUAAAAGCUCUUGGCCUCGACGGAAACCCGCUGGCGUGCGACUGCCGACUGCUUUGGGUGGUGCGGAGGCGACUGCUUCUGGAUUUUGGGGGGAAUCCGCCGACUUGCACCACUUCAGUCCAGCUGCAGGGCUGGAAUUUUCUGGACUUCUCUGACGACGAACUCCUGAAACUUCUCACCUGUCACAGGCCUCGAAUCCUGAACAGCAAACGCCAAGAUGUGAUGGUGGACCAGGGUCACACAGCAGUGCUCCACUGCGGUGCAGAAGGCGACCCCCUUCCUUCCAUCCACUGGCUGAACCCUCAGCUAAGACAAGUCCCACCAGUCGGGAGAAUACGGGCUCUCACCAACGGCACGCUGGAGGUCCGCUUUGCUCAGCCACACGACAGUGGCGCUUACAUCUGCGUCACUUCCAAUGCCGGAGGAAACGACAGCCUGCGCGUCAGCCUUCACGUCCAAGCCUUGCCAUCACCUUCCAAAAACCGCUUUGCUCUUCAUGGUUGGUCUGUCCUUCCAUCGCCCUCCCCCGGCGGGAUCGGAAAUCCCAAGCUCCCGUUUGAUGUCAAGACGCUCCUGAUAGCAGCGACGAUUGGGUUUCUGUCGUUUUUCAGCUCUGUGAGCGUGUGCUUCGUUUUCAUGUUCUUCUGGAGUAAAGGCAAAGGGCAGAUUAAACACACAGCCACCAUCGCAUAUGUGCCAAGAAGUGCCGUGUCCAGCAGCAGCAAUAAAGCAGCGGGCAGCUACAUGGAGACGGGCAGAUUCACCAUGAAACUGAUAUGAUUUUGUUAUUUUGCUAUUAAUUUGCUUUCUUAAUAAAAAUGCAAUUCAAUUUCAGUGACAAUAAAAACCUAAUGUCUGAUUAUUCCGAUAGCCUUUAACAAGUGAUUGGUUUAAUCGUUUAAGCAUGUUUUUGUCUGACGUUAUUAGUCUGAACAAUUCAAGAUCGAUCAGUCCAAAUGGAAGGAUGUAAAGUUCCAUCGCCUGGGAUUUUGCUCAGAAUUCAUGUCUGUUGCAGGAUUGAUCAGUUAGGAAAAAAUGUGCCUGUUUGCUGUUUAAUUAACUGAUCUAUACAUAUGAAUCAGUUAGUUCAAAUGGGGACCAAGUCCACAAUUUUUCAAAAUAGAGAUAUUAUCUGUUCUAUGGUCUUCAAGGGAAAAGCUAUCUGAUUAUGUGGAAA